GUUUUUGUGAUUGGCAAUUAUUUUGAGAGAGACGUGUCCUUCUGUCAGUGAGCCAAAAAGUCAAUUUCACUUUGGAGUUGAAUUGUUGGAACUGAUGUAUGAAAAUAAUAUUGUUGUGAACGUAGAGAUUAUUUAUUAACUUAGUGAAGGAGCGAGAUGCCGUCCACCGCCGUUCCGAAGUCUAAUAAUGGCCAAAAUAGGGGUAUAUUUAAAAACACUGCCGGCAGUAGCACGCUCAUCACUGUUACGGUAUUGUCACUGGCUUGGCUGGCCGGCUUCGCGUCCCGGCUUUUCGCUGUGAUACGUUUCGAAAGUAUAAUUCAUGAGUUCGAUCCUUGGUUUAACUAUCGCUCCACAGCGUAUAUGGUACAGCAUGGUUUCUAUAAUUUCCUCAACUGGUUCGAUGAGCGCGCGUGGUACCCCCUGGGUCGAAUUGUGGGGGGGACCGUAUACCCUGGUCUAAUGAUCACGUCAGGCACCAUACACUGGAUAUUGCACGCGCUAAAUAUCCCCAUUCACAUUAGAGAUAUUUGCGUUUUCCUAGCACCGGUGUUCAGUGGUCUAACUGCAAUAGCAACAUAUCUUCUGACGUCUGAACUGUGGUCUCGUGGAGCGGGGCUGUUUGCAGCAUGUUUUAUAGCCAUAGUGCCUGGGUACAGCAGUAGAUCAGUUGCGGGAAGCUAUGACAAUGAAGGCAUAGCUAUUUUCGCACUUCAGUUCACAUACUACCUCUGGCUUAAGAGUGUCAAAAGCGGGUCCAUAUUCUGGUCAAUUUGUACAGCAUUAUCUUAUUUCUACAUGGUGUCAGCAUGGGGUGGCUAUGUGUUCAUCAUCAAUUUGAUACCACUUCACGUAUUUGUGUUGCUGAUCAUGGGCCGUUUCUCUCAAAGACUGUUUGUCAGUUAUUCUGUUUUCUAUAUAGUUGGACUGUUGUUGUCAAUGCAGAUACCCUUUGUCGGUUUCCAACCGAUACGUACAAGUGAACACAUGGCAGCGUCUGGUGUGUUUGCGCUGUUAAUGGCUAUUGGUGCUCUCAAGUACCUGCACAGUUUGAACCCUAAGGGACAAUGGAAGCAGUUGUUGAUACUGGGCGGCAUGCUGGCUGCUGCGGCCGUGUUCCUUGUUGUAGUUCUGUUGACGUACAUGGGUGUUAUUGCUCCUUGGAGUGGACGGUUUUACUCGCUAUGGGACACGGCGUAUGCCAAAAUCCACAUCCCGAUCAUAGCGUCGGUGUCUGAACAUCAGCCGACCACGUGGUCGUCUUUCUUCUUCGACCUGCACGUGUUGGUGUGCACCUUCCCCGUCGGCCUGUGGUAUUGCAUCAAGAACAUUAAUGAUGAGAGAGUGUUUAUGGCCCUGUACGCGUUAAGUGCGGUAUACUUCGCCGGCGUGAUGGUCCGCCUGAUGCUGACGCUGACGCCGGUGGUGUGCGUGCUGUCGGGCAUCGCGUUCUCGAUCCUGCUCGACCUGGUGCUCAAGGAGGACGACCAGCCCGUGCUCACUGUAGAGAACGACGAGUCCAAGAAUCUAUAUGAUAAGGCUGGCAAGCUAAAGAAGCGUACACACGAGACGGUGCCGCCGCCUGACAACGGGCUCGGCAUGAACGUGCGCUCGGGCACGCUCAUCGCGUUCAUGAUCCUGCUGAUGUUGUUCUCCGUGCACUGCACGUGGGCGACGUCCAACGCGUACUCCAGCCCAAGUAUCGUGCUGGCCAGCUAUGGGAAUGAUGGAUCUCGUAAAAUCCUCGACGACUUCAGGGAAGCAUACGGCUGGCUGUCUCAGAACACGGCGGAAGACGCUAGAGUCAUGUCCUGGUGGGAUUAUGGAUAUCAGAUAGCAGGAAUGGGCAACCGCACAACACUAGUGGACAACAACACGUGGAACAACUCCCACAUAGCUCUCGUGGGCAAGGCGAUGGCGAGCAACGAGAGUGCCGCCUACGAGAUCAUGACCAUGCUCGACGUGGACUACGUGCUCGUGAUCUUCGGCGGCGCCAUCGGGUACUCCGGCGACGACAUCAACAAGUUCAUAUGGAUGGUGCGCAUCGGAGGAGAGCAUCCUAAGGAUAUACAUGAAGCGGAUUACUUUACUGAGAGAGGCGAAUACAGGAUAGACACAGAAGCGUCCAAAACAAUGUUGAAUUGUCUAAUGUACAAAUUAUCAUAUUAUAGAUACGAUAGUGGCGGCAGUCCGCCCGGCUACGACAGAACGCGCGGCGCGCUGCCGGGCAACAGGGGGUUCAAGCUCACGUACUUAGAGGAGGCGUACACCACCGAGCACUGGCUUGUGAGAAUAUACAGAGUUAAAAAACCAGACGAGUUCAAUCGUCCGCGACUGCCUUUAGCGAAACGUACAGUACCAACAAGCAAUACUAUUUCUAAAAGGUAA